GGAGUCCUUGAACUUGAUUUCUCUCCCCCUCCGCUGCAUCGGACCACCGGCGUGCCCCACCAUGUCAGACGCAGCAGUGGACAACAGCUCCGAGAUCACCACCAAGGACUUGAAGGAGAAGAAGGAAGCUGUGGAGGAGGCAGAAAAUGGAAGAGACGCACCUGCCAAUGGGAAUGCUAAUGAGGAGAAUGGGAAGCAGGAGGCUGACAAUGAGGUAGAAGAAGAAGAGGAGGAAGGUGGGGAGGAAGAGGAGGAGGAGGAAGAAGGUGACGGUGAGGACGGAGAUGAAGAUGAGGAAACUGAAUUUAGACGUGGUCACCUUCCAGCGGAGAAGCAGGCCCCGCCCCACAGCGGGCAGUGUCACCCACAGAUGACAUGCGCUCUCCACCACCCCACCAAAACCACAACAUGA